GCCAUUUCGAAAAUUGCUUAAAUAAUUGACUAUCGUGUUAUAAUCACCUCAACGGCAACCAAUCAGCGUGGAGCAAUGUCAAUAAUCACCUAACCCAGGCCUAUGUAAUUAUACUAAUUAGAGUUAUUUUUCUUUGCUUUUCUCCUUGCACGAUUUUUUUCUUUUGUCGACCACGAUUUUUUUCUUUUGUCCCCCCCCCAGGCUACCGGAAACAAUGGAAACCAGCCACGCGUUACCGGAAAUACUACAGCGCGAAACCGGAAGUAAACAGUAUUCUCUGUGCGUUGCAAUUGUGAAGUGUGAACAUUUGAUUUUAAUUUCGUUUUUAAAUCUUCUUCCUGUUGAAACAUAAGAUCAUUAUACCGAAAUUAAUACUUAGAAAAGCUUAAUACAACAUCUGAAGAAAUAAAUUUCAGCUAAAUCAGUUUACAAAUGGAUUAAAUGGCUCAAAAUCGGAGGUGAAGAUUGCGAAACAGCGUCCUAUUUUAAUAUCUUUGCUUGCGUUUGCGACAAUACCGUUUUUGAUUUGUUGUUCCAUACAAUCUACGGAAAUGCCGCCGUAUUCUGUGUUUCUCAACGUCUACGAUAUGGUAAGAUUAUUUUUGUUUACAAUUUUCUAUUCAUACUAUCGUAUAUAGUUUAAUUGUAAGCAUCUUUCAAUGAUUUUCAAUGAUUUUGUAUGCAAUUAAUAAUUAACAAACUUAAUGUUUAUAUUGUAGUGUUACACAUGUUCACAAUAAAGCACUUUAUAAUUUUGGUAAUCACAAUUGUCACACUGCAAAUUGGCAAAUAAAUUGGUUUUAUUUUAGAACCAUCGAGAAAACAAAAUAUCUUUUCUGUGACCUUUAGAACUCAUUACAAAUUAUGUGCCCUAAUGCCAGACAAUUUUACUUGUCAAGGGGAGACUCUUGGCAUUAAAGAAUAACCCGACUAUCUGCCCAUAAUCCUUUCUUAGCCAUUGAAGGCAUGUGCAGUCCCUAAAUGCACCAUAUACUAUGUUGUUUUACCCAGCAUCUUAGACAAUUUUACUUGUCAAAAGGAAAGUGUUUUAAAUUAAUCAAUUAAAUUAUCAUAAGAUUAUGAUAAAUUCUACAUAUUAUAGCACUGGACAAAUGAAUAUACUUCAAAACUGGGUGUUGGCAUUUACCAUUCAGCCGUUGAAGUCCAUGGUAGAGGUAUGAUAUCAGAAACAUACUUGAUAUAUUAGACAUAUUAAUCUUCCUGAAAUGAAAUGCUUAAAUUGGACCAUAAAUUUUCUAGAAUUUGCAUUUAUUGGUCAUGAAUUAACUUCAUCUGGACUGGUCGACCUGGAACCAAAAGGAUGCUCAUUUCUGGGAAGUGAAUCUUUUAAAUUUAGGUAAUCAAGUUCAAGCUUAACCCAUUGAGUUGCAUUUAUUAUUUUACUCAUUGUAAUGCCAGACAAUUUAACUCAUCAAGCAAAGAGCACUUGGUUAAACCUAUGAUGCCUUGGCUACCAGCUUGGUUGUCACCUAGUGCUGCACCCACAGAACAUGGCAGUACCUCCCACUAAUGGGAGCCCGGACCCCCACUUUUCUUCAGGACCAACUUUAUAAUUGUUAACUGAAAUUAACUCUAAAACUGAGGAGAAACUAGGAUGGAGGAUUAGGGGUGCACCGGAACUCAGUUCCGGCCGGAACCCCGAUUUUUUAGAGUUCCGGUUCCGGCCAGAACUAGUAAAAAAAGCAUGGCCGGAACCGGAACUCUGUCGUUUUCAGAGAGAUAGAAUAUCAAACGUUUUGUGUCUAACAAAAGGUCACAGUAGGAAGAAAUUUGGACUACGCAACGGAAAUGUACACUAUUAACACUUCGUUAUGACGUUUAACGCUUGUCAAUCUUUUUAUUCUAACAUUUGCGAGCUCUCCCCUUUCAUGACUUGAAGUGUCUGCCUGUCUGGCAGCGGACAAAGUAACAUAUGACUAUAUAUGGCUUAAUAAAUUAGUUUCGAAUCCGGUUCCGGCCGGAACAUAAAAAACUGGUUCCGGUGCACCCCUAAUGGGGAGGGUGUAACAUCUUAAUGUUUUCAUCUGUGACAUAUAAUAACCAAAUCUGUGGUUUUCAGAUUAUCAUAAAACAUUAUCUAAAAUACAUGAAAUAGUGUUUCACAGACACUAAAAAUAGAAAAAUGUUCUGGGGGACCAUGCCCCUAGAUGGAUGGACAAUUAGACACCCCCCUCCAACUUGUUUGAGGCUGGCUACGCUCCAGCCACUGAUAUCAUGGCUCACGUUCCUGCUCCAUGGUUGUUUGCACCCACCUACUGACACAUAUAGAUCAAGCUAGAUACAUCCAUGCACUGCCCUAAAAUAUUGUUUACUUGAUCGUGAUAUACAAUUACUUUUCAGGGAAUCUAUAUAUUUAGGAGAAACAGACCUUACUGAAGAAGAUAUUAAUGCAAUCAUCCAAGAUUUAGGAGUUCAUUUUACAGGAUUAUCUUAUCACUUAGUAACAAGGUAGUUGACAAUGUACACAUCUGUAAAUGUUGAUAAUUAUGAACAACCUCUUGUAUAUAAAAUUUAUAAACUUUCUGUUAUUAAUUUUAUGUCAACAGAAACUGCAAUCACUUUUCAUCAGAAUUUUCAAAGGUAAUUAUACUGACAAGAGAAAUCUCUUGAUGAGUAAAAUCAUCUGCUACUAGACAGAAUAAAAUAAUAAAGGAGGGUGUGCACGUUUUAACAGGAGACGUGGGCAGAUAGUCUGGUUAACCCAUUAAGCUCCAACACUCUCCCCUUGACGAGUAAAAUUGUCUGGCAUCGGACAGAGUAAAAUAAUAAAGUGGGGCACAUCAGGGUGCAAUGCGACUCAGUGGGUGAAUCCUUAAUACACUUUCCCCUUGUUUACUAAAAUGUUCUGGAUGAAUCAUUAAUCUUCUUUUUAGUUAUUGUGUGGCAAAGAUAUUCCUGCUUGGGUCAACAGAAUAGCAAACAUAGGUUCUCGUCUUCCUUGGGUAUACAACUGCCUUCCUAAAGAUUGGUUAACACCAGAACCUGAGGAGCCUGACAUGGCCUCAUAUAUGUUUCAUCCUGAACAACAUCGCAAUAAUAUUAACUGUAAGUUGUUUUCAGGUACUCCAAAGAGUUUGUUAGUAAAUGUACAAAUACAGUUAACAACAGGUUAAUAUAUAUUCUCUUGACUACAGGAAAUUGCCUCUACUGAAACAAUGUCCAUGCCACAUCAAAGAAGUGAACAGUUGUAAUGUACAGAUAUUGAUUGUGAGAAUGUAUGCUACAACAUGCAUACCGGUAUUUAUAACAUGCAUAGAUGUAUGAAAAACUGUAAAUAUUUUUUAAUAAAUGAGAAGUACUUUGAGAUAUGUGUGCUAUAGGUCUGCUUGUUGUUAGAAAUUUACCUGUACUAGCCCAAAUCAGUGGCCCAAACACUACGAGAUCAGUGGCCCAAACACUACGAGAUCAGUGGCCCAAACACUAUGACUAAUGAGAUCAGUGGCCCAAACACUAUGACUAAUGAGAUCAGUGGCCCAAACACUAUGACUAAUGAGAUCAGUGGCCCAAACACUAUGACUAAUGAGAUCAGUGGCCCAAACACUAUGACUAAUGAGAUCAGUGGCCCAAACAGGAAGAAACUUCAACUUGCUGUGAUUGAGUGGUCGGUCCAUUACUAUGUGGCAAGCAAUAUUCACUAAAUUUACACAUUCUACCUCUUUGAAGCACAACAUUUUUCUAAAAUUUUGUCACUUAAGUAAUCAUCUUCCUCACUUGAGUCAGUCAACAUCUGUUCCUCAUUAAUACUAAUGACCUCGUUACUAACAACCCCAUUAAUCACCUCUGGUUCUUCGUCAAAAUAUUUGUCCUGUUCAUCCUGGCCUAAUAUCUCCAGAUUGUCAUAUUCAUCACUUGUAUCAACUUUUGUGUAAUCAAAUUCCUCAUCCAAGCCUUCCAAGAAUCUCUGUCUCAUGAGGUUUAGAAAUUCUUCACGGAGUUUCAGUUUAUCUUCAGAAUUUAUAUUUGUCACAUCUAAAUAACAUUUAUAGAAAAAACUU